UAUCUGAGCGCUGCCGGAGAGUGAAGCGCAGGCUGCUGCGUGUACACAGCCAGCCGCCGUACUUUCCUCUCCCUUUCUGCAUCUCGCUGUACGCAUUUCACUGAGCAACAUCUCUCUUUUCUUUUCCUGCUGCGCACUGCCGCUACAGAACCACUUCAGCAGAAAAAAAAUGACUGAAACGGAAACCCGGAAUCAUCACGCCGGCAAGCAACAGAACGGAGGUGCCAUGGCAGAAACGUCGACGGUGGAGGAUGUUUUUGACGACACCUAUAAGGAGAAAGAGGGUCCCAAACCUCCGAGGAAGCUGGUGUGGAGAAAUAUCAUCUUGAUGACCCUCCUACAUAUCGCAUCGCUUUAUGGACUGGUUCUCAUUCCUUCCGCGUCGGUUUUAACUCUUGCGUGGACUGUAGUGUGCUACCUCAUCAGCGCUCUUGGUGUGACUGCAGGUGCGCACAGAUUAUGGAGCCACAGAUCCUACAAGGCGUCUUUUCCCCUGCGAGUCUUUCUCGCUGUUGCCAACUCCAUGGCCUUUCAGAAUGACAUAUAUGAGUGGGCGAGGGACCACCGUGUCCACCACAAGUACUCUGAGACGGACGCAGACCCCCACAAUGCCACGCGGGGGUUCUUCUUCGCCCAUGUUGGUUGGCUGCUGGUCCGCAAACAUCCCGAUGUCAUUGAAAAGGGCAGAAAACUGGAACUGUCAGACCUGAAGGCAGAUAAAGUGGUUAUGUUCCAGAGACGGCACUAUAAGCUCUCUGUGGUGGUCCUUUGCUUCCUCAUGCCCAUGUUGGUGCCCUGGUACUUCUGGGGCGAAUCCCUGGCUGUGGGAUACUUCAUCCCCGGACUCCUGAGAUACACCGUGAUGCUCAAUGCCACCUGGCUGGUCAACAGCGCUGCGCACAUAUGGGGCAACAGGCCAUAUGACAAGACCAUUAACCCAAGGGAAAACCCAAUGGUUGCUUUCAGUGCCAUAGGGGAAGGCUUCCACAACUACCAUCACACAUUCCCCUUCGACUACUCCACCAGCGAGUUCGGCUGCAAGCUCAAUCUCACCACCGCCUUUAUAGACGCCAUGUGCUUCCUGGGUUUGGCCAAGGACCGCAAGAGGGUGCUGAAGGAAACGAUUGCUGCUCGCAUACAGCGAACAGGCGACGGCAGCUACAAGAGUGGCUGAGUCGCACUCGCUACAAACUCUGCAACUGAUAACGAUGUGUCGAACCAAGACAGAACGUAGCAACAGGUAUAGCAGCAUUUUAGUGAUGGGGGGGGUGCUUACCAUGCUUCUGAUUAUAAGUUAAACCUCUUCCUGAGACUAAUAUUGGCUUUAAAGAGUUGUAGACCUUUCCAUAAAUUGUGUGGGUCAUUUUGAAGUUUUGAAGUGUCCUCACUGACUAUUAGCCACAGCCAGCAACUUGGCUCCAUGUGCAAGCAAAGCUUUUUCACAAUAAUAUAAAACAGGAACGACGAGAAUGAAAAAAGGCUGCGAUUUAAGUCUCUUUUGGCAGCAGUGGAACAACCAAACAAGUCUGUGUGAGCGGUGUGUAAAAGCAGCAAUUACAGAAUAAUUUACUGUAUGUCUUAUUUGUUAAUGUGCUAUUUAUUGAUAGUCUUUGGCACUUUGAAAGCUUUAUUGAAGCCCUUAACAGUGAGGUUUCUCUGCAGGCAAGGAUGGGGGCCUUUUGCUCUAACUUUAAGCUUCAUUCCACAGGGAGUGGAGUUUCAUGUUAUUUGUCUAUUUCAAGCUAAGGGGUUUCUUUAUUUUUGGUAAGAUAUUAGUCUUACUAAAUCGUAAGCUGCCGUGUUCAAUGCCAACACCAAGACAGUCAACGCUUGUUUGAACUGUCCCCAUUUAUCAUAUCAGAGUAACCCUUGGUGAAUACAGUUCAGCUGUGUUAUACUUUGGGAUACUUUCACACCCACUGUCCGAGGGGCUCCUAAUGAGGACUGAGUUCUCUGGAUUAACACAGUGUACCUGUGGUUGAGCAGUGAAGCGGCCUCAGAUUCAUCAUUAACCCUUUUCAUGUAGGCGCCUCUGGACUCGGAUGCUGAACCAGAAUUCUCACUCUUAAUCUGAAAGGAGAGAAUUGUUUGCGUUUAUUUUUGUAUUCAUUUGAAACACACUCAGAUAUAAGGUCUCUCUCUCCCUCAAAUAAGGCCAAUGAGGCAUGUGUAGGAGGUGCAUUUACCUUUUUGUGCUGUGUGAUACUGAAACAUGUGUCAGGACUCUUGCCCAAAUGCCUUAUGAGGGUUGCACACCUGUUUGAACAUUAAAAAAUGUGCAAGUUAUGGAACUAAAUUACAGCUUAAAUUUUCUGUCUAAUCGUGGCUGUGUGGUGUCUGUCUGUUUUCAAAGGAACACUUCAAAAACCUGAAAUCAGUUAUUUAUAACGGACAAUGUGGGACCAUUCAACCAAUCCUAAGAUAAACCAACAGCGAUGAUGGGUUACUAUGACUUAGCAUUAGUGGAGCCAAACAAAUACUUUGCUCUAGAACGAGAUCCAAACUUGUUACGACAUCAUUAAUGGUACUGUUGUAUUUGUCACACCUCCUAUUUUACAAAGCAACAAUUUUCUACAGUGUUAACUUCUUGAAGUUUGAAUGCCUUAAAGAAUGGCACAUUUUUUUCAGAGAAUGUUUUUGCCCACUGUAUGUACCAUAAAUAAACCAAAUUUUCUACUUGUGACAAAG